UGCAGAAGCGCUUUGUCGAGUUCGAGGAGUUUGCCGCCUCGUCGUUCCUUGACUCUUGUGACAAUGUCCUGGUCUUCUUUGGUGGGCAUCUUCGGGUCAUCGUUGAUGUAUGGGAGCCGCAUGGUGGCGUGAGUGGAGGAGGUGAGGUGGCGGGGGUGUGACGUGAGGAGAAGGAAGGGACGGGCGAGUGGCACUCGAGGAAGAUGAGAGACGAGAGGCAUGGGUGGAAGUUGAUGAAUUGAUCGGGCAAGUUGUAGCCCUUCGCACCCCACCUUGAGCGGAGCGAUAUCGGCGGCAGCAAUGGCAAGUCUGCCGAUUGUGCUUCGUCGCUGCGGCCUCAAGAAAUUACUGCCAGGCGUUGACCUGGAUAGAUGGCGACCCGCGGCAGGAAGCCACACAAGGGAAACCGAGAGCCAACUCUUGACCGAAGGCCUUUGAUCGAGGAAUCCACAGUCGACUUCAGCCUUCAGCAAAAAUGCCUCGACAUCUUCCGUGAUGCACUCCAGCCCAGUCAAGAUGAUGCCCAAGCUGUCCAAGAGGUGAAAGGCCAUCUCUACGAUCGCAACUUCUCCGCGGCAUUCGGCAGAGACGAGUACCUACGAGUGUAUGCUUCAAGAUGGAGUCCGAGUCGAGCGCUGGCGUACGCAGAAAUCUUCAGUCACGUCACACCAAAUCUGUCCACACGGCUGUCCCGCAGCGGAGAGGAUGGUGCUUGCUCCUUCAAUGUGGUGUGUAUUGGAGGCGGAGCAGGAGGAGAGUUGGUCGGCCUGGCCGGUUGGUUUCAUGCCUGGCUGGAUCAGUCCGUGUCUGCCGCCUCGCAUCAACAUCUUCACGUCCGCCUAAUUGACGUUGCGGAUUGGGCGUCCAUCACGCAGAUUUUGCACAACGCCAUCACCACCCCUCCCAAGCUUUCCGAGUAUGCAUCUCAGGCAAAGAAGGAAGCGAAUGUGGCCUUGCUGCAAAGUACAAGCAUAUCAACUGGAUUCCACCGCACCGAUGUGCUGGAACCGCAAACAGAAGCAUUGGUGGAUUGCCUACGCUCGGCAGAUCUGGUAACGUGCAUGUUCACCCUGAACGAGCUGUACUCUGCCUCCAUGCCGAAAACGCAGCAGCUUCUUCACACCAUCACGGAUACUGUCAAGAGCGGAGCCCAUUUUCUAGUUGUCGACAGUCCCGGCUCAUACUCGACUGUCUCGGUGAAUGGGUCGGAGAAGAAGUAUCCGAUGCAGUGGCUGCUGGAUUAUACUUUGCGCCAGCCUGGACAGCAGAAACAAGACGACAAAUGGCAACGACUGGCUUCGGAAGAGUCUAGAUGGUUCCGCCACCCUCUAGCCUUGCAGUAUCCAAUCGACCUGGAGAACAUGCGAUAUCAGAUUCAUCUGUACCGGCGCGCCGAUACCGGAGGGUGAAAUGACCACCAUGGUGUCUGUCAUACACAUUCUUCAGCCAACGGCGCUCACACAGCAUCGGGCAAGGCUGCAGGUCCGCGGACCAAACAACAGUCAUUCAAUAACGGUGGAGGUGAGAUUGAUCAAGCCGCGGCAUGAUGGUUGCCGCAUCUCAACACGCCGAGCCUCGGCCGGACAUGACAUCACUUUCGUCAUUUUGGAUAGAGCAUCUUCAACUUCUUUUCCCAUACACGGGAUGAGUCCUCAAAUUACAUCAAACCGAGC